AAACAAUUAAGAUAUAUACCCAAGACCACUCACUGCUCCCCAAAUCAAAUGAACCAUCGCCAUUCAAACUCAAGUGUCUCUACCGGCCAUCGGGUAAGGUAUCGCAGCCAGAACUUCUAUCCGUCGCCGCCGGUGCUGCUAUCGGUCAUCAUUGCGGCCGGUCUUUACUCAAGAGGCUCACUUGGUAGUCGGUGUGCAGCAACGCAGAAGGUUUCAAGGUAUCGAAAACAUUGGUUCACUCUGGAGAUUCUCCCAUAACUUCCACUCAGUGUAUAGGAGAUGAGCUUUAGCAUCCAUUGUCCACACAUGUAAUUCAAAUAUCAAAAUGGCACAUCCAAUUUGCUUCUCUUCCCAAUCCCCCAUCCCCCCAGCAUCUUCCUCUUUCAUCCCACCACCAUCUUCAAAACUCCACAAUCCAACCUUAAGCUUCCCAAUUAAACCGACACGCUUCUCUCUCCACUUCUCAAAACCUAAUAUUUCCCUUUCUCCAUCAAAAAGGUGUUAUCCUAGAGCGGCCACUCACGACACAGAAUCCAACAGGAGAGCCCCAGAAAACCAAUCUCAACCGACAAAGUCAGAUGCUGAGGUUGCUGCUGAUGGAGGUGAUAGAGAUGACAAGGACGUAUCGCGUUUGGCUUCAAAAAUAAGGGAAUAUAUAGAGACGAAGGAGCCAGAUUUUUGGAGUGGAGUGGUGGAGGAGAUAAGGGAGAUCGAGUGGCCUGCUUUCAACAAGGUUAUGGGUACUACUGGAGUGGUGUUGGGGGUUAUUGCUGGAUCCAGUAUCGUUUUGCUUACCGUCAAUGCCAUUUUGGCUGAGCUUUCUGAUAGGGUCUUCGCUGGGAUGGGAGUCCAAGAUUUCUUCAGCUGAGCAGACGAAUGGAAGCUGCUUAUUUUUCUCUUGUUUUGAGCACAAAAUUGGGCUGCUCGUUUGUAAUACUGUGUUAUAAAUUUGGCUAUUUGGUUUUCACAUUUUGAUUUUUAAUCCUUGAAGAAUCAUCAAAUUUUAUACAAAUAUGGCUAUUUAGUAAAUAUUUUAAUUUUAGUUAUAUAUAUGACUAAAAUUAAAAUAUUGGACAAAAAUGUGUCCUAUAAUGUUUAGUAACUAGUGAUUAUGGAGUUCAAAUUUACAAAACAGUGGCUGCGGUGUUCAAAUUAUGUUGAUUUUUUUAGUCGUUCAUGA